ACAAAAUAAAUCAAAUCCAUCCUAAUAUCACCUUUACCAUGGAACUAGAAUCUUCUAACUCCAUUAACUUUCUGGAUUUAUCUAUUACCAGACUACAUGACCACUUCAACUUUGGUAUCUACCGUAAACCAACACAGACAGAUCAUGUUAUCCAUUCUACUUCUAAUCACCCUUUAUCAUAUAAACUCUCUGCUUUUCGCAGUUUUAUACAUAGAUUAAACUCUAUUCCUUUAUCCGUAACUGAAUUCAACAAAGAGUUGAAUAUUAUCAAACAGAUUGCAGUCAACAAUGGUUAUGACCCAGACAUUAUCACUAAACUUCAACAAAAAAGAGAACUCAAAUUACUACAACAAUCCGCUUUCUCUACAUCAUCCACAACUACUCCCAUCUAUGCCUCCUUACCAUUCAAUAACUCCAAAUUAUCUGAAAGAGUCAAACAUAUCAUUUCAAAUUCUUGUGACAACAUAAAAAUAUCUUUCAAAGUUAAUAACACUCUCAGCAAAAGUUUAACUAAUACCAAAGAUCCUAUCCAUUAUAUGAACCGGAGUGGGGUAUACAGACUCUCUUGUUCAGAUUGUGAUGCCACCUACAUCGGCAGAACUUACAGAUCCCUUUCUACCCGAUCUGCUGAACACAGCAAGAGAGAUACCACUUCUGCCUUUUCACACCAUUUAAAAGUCAAUAAACAUGAACUUAAGAUUCCUGAAGGUGUCCAGUUGAUACACAAUAUUCAACAAAACAAUACACUCCGUUUAGACUUAUACGAAGAUUUGGAGAUUAGCAAGGACAUGAAGAAGAGUCCCAACUGUGUCAAUAGACAAACAUCCCUUAACCGCAACUUUGUCCCCAUUCACCGCCAAUUAUUCUCAUAAUUCCUAUUUUUUCAACUUCCUCUUUUUAUCCUAUUCUUUCUCUUUCAACUUACUCUCUCUUCUUUUUCAAAAUUUCCUCUUUCCUUCACUGCUUCCAAACUCCUUUACCCGAAUAACAUUAUUAACUAUUGAACCCUAUUAACCAUCACCUCAUUAAUUCACCCUACUAUCUUUUUACUUCUUUUUCAUUUCAUUACUUCGGUCUGUUUAAUUCCACACCUCAUCUUUUCUUUAUCCCUCUCUUUCCCUUAAAAUUCUUGUCUUUAUACCUUACACCACAGCCCUCUGCUUUUUGUCUUUGACCUUUUCCAAGAAAACUUUUACCUCUCCAACUAACAUCCAUUCACUUGAUUUCAGUUCUCACAUUCAGAUCCAUUAUCAUUACAAUUUAAUUAUAUCUAUAUUCUUUUUCUUACUUUGGUUUUAUUUUAUUCAGUACACUUUCAAUAUUAUUUUCAUUUUAAUUUCAUUUUUGUAUCAACUGGACUUAACAGCUAUAAUCAUACAUUACUUUAUCUCUAAUUUCCCAUACCAACACUUUGUCACAAGAAUUCUCUCAAAACUUUUGAAAUAAAAUUAAAAAAUAAACCAUCUCAUAAUAAUUACAAUUCUUUUUCAUUCACAUAUUACACACUUUUAAUUAUUUGACUGUAUCCUAACUCAAAUCCAUUAUUUACAAAAACUUGCAUUUUUAAAUAACAAUAUUUUCCUUUUACAUAUACAACCACCAAUACAAUAUAGACUAGAUUAAAUUGCCUACCAAUUUAUUCAUUUUGUACAAUAACUUUCCAACUAAUAUUGAUUUUUCUCUUUUCUCACCUUCAUCUAUUUUUAUCUUUUUAUCUUUAUUGACAGCAGCUUACUUUCUUUCUAUCAAUUUGAUCAAUCUAAUGUUAUGGUAUACAGUCAAUAUAAAUAAUCUUAUAUUCUAAAUUAAUUUUGUAUAUCACAAUUUCUUUUCAAUAACCAAUAGAUUUAAAAUGUUAGACAUUUUCAGAUAUUAAAAUCUUUAUCAUUUGUUGUGGGUCAUGACCUUUUGGUUAAUUAUCAUUGAAAAUCGACUACCUUUUUCUCUACUGUCAAUGUCACUUCAAACAGUUCCUUAGACAUUAGUGUCACUUUAUAGUCAAAGUUGGCCUAAGAUGGUUGAUUGAGGUUUUGGUAGGGUUUCACCAUGUUCCCAUAGGCAAUAUCCUGUAACAUCGGCGUUUAGCCUGUUUAAUAUUAUUUUUAAAUAAUGUAAAUUGAAUUUUAAAUUCAACCAUUGUUUGGUUCUGGGGCUAUUUAGCAAGUAUGCACAUUCACUGAUGAUGGACCGAUAGGUCUGAAAACGUUCUGAAUUGGAGACAUUUUUAUUCAAUCCAUUGGGAUUUUUAAGUUUUAAUAAAUAUACCAAUUUACAUAGAAGUGGUUUUACUUCUUGUUAGAGUUUUUUAACUAUAUGGUAUACAGCCAACCUAGGGAACCUCCCUUUUAGUUUA